ACCGCGCAGACCAUCUGAUCCGCCAUGUUCGAUCGCACACCCGCGAAAGGCCAUACGUCUGCCAUGUGUGCAACAAGGGCUUCGCCAGGCCGUAUGCUCCCCGUCGGCGUCUCGUGCUAUACUAACCGCAUCCCAUCAGGGACCUGAUGAAGCGGCAUGCCGCGGGUCAUGCCCACCCUCGCGAUGGCAAGCGGAAACGUCCCCCGUCGUAUGCGAAGAGCGGACGGGUCUCGCAGGCUUGUAAGACGUGUGCCACGUCCAAGCUGAAGUGCGACGAGGAGAAGCCGUGUCGACGCUGUCGGGAUAAGAAGCUCGUCUGCGAUUGGCAUGGAGGGCUGGAUGAGAUGACGCCUGAAUCGCCUGGCCAGGGUUCAUCUUACGAUGACCCUGAUGGUCAACCCGAAUAUCCCGAUCCCGAGGCACGGGUGUUCUCGCCACCGGUACCGUCACUAGGCAACUUUCCAGCUUCGGUUGAGAAUCCUCCCCAGUCUGCUACUCCGGAUUUUCAGAUGAAUGGUUAUCUGCCUGAAACACAAACAGCGCAGGAUCCUGUGUCAGCAAGCUAUGAUGCAAUAUCUCCAAUGCUGGACCACGAGAGCGGCAUCUUCAGUGUUGAUGGCACGUUCUUCCCCGAGUUCAUCCCUGAUGCGCUCAUUCCAUCACUGUCCCGUCCCAACGAGCUGGAUCCGUCAAACCACACCCAGGACUACCUCCACAACCUAUUCGACCAUAGCAUGCAGUUCGAUUUCGACCUCACGGAAGUCGACUUUGGCCUCAUCGACUACUUCAACGCUCAAGGAACUACACAUCCUGCGCCCCAGCCCGAGGCACAAUCGGAUGUGGACCGCGGCAUUGCUCUCGGCGCAGAGGCGUACAAGCGCUCGUCGCUGUCCGCAUGGAAGCCCGCCCGGGAGGACCACGCCUUUGCCGACCAGGAUGAUCUUUCGGUCCCGGUGGCCAUCGACAGCCCCCGGUCGUCCAGAUCCGAUCGUCAGAUCCUGCCAGAGCGCCUGGCUUCAGGCAGUCGGGAUCUCAUUUUUGGCAUGGUAUUGCAGACCAGCGACAAGGCUAACUUGCCUCGCAUAAUGAAAUCUUUCCCGAGCACCGAUCUCAUAGACGGUCUGAUGCAGGACUAUUUCGCGCAGCAAAGCCGACAACUCGACUCGUUUAUCCACGGGCCAACGUUCCGUCCGAAUGAGCAGAGCGCGGACAUGCUGACUGCGGUGGCUGCCGCUGGUGCGGUCCGGUCGGCCAUUCCAACGAUACGCAAGCUGGGGUACGCGCUGAUGGAAGUCGCACGCUUGCACAUGUCCGUCCAGUAUGAGUCCGAUAACCGCAUCACGCGGGAUUUGCGGCCCUCCCAAACGUUUGCCUUGGUCAUAGACAUGGGCAUCUGGAGCGGGGACGGUCGAAGGACAGAGAUUGCCGAAAGCUUCCAGCAGCCGUUAGUGACUAUGCUGCGACGCGCCCUCCGGUUCCGCCGGUCUAUCUACUCUACCAUAGUCCCGAGCCUGGAUGAUAGCGACGAGGCAUUGGAGAAGAAGUGGCGUGCCUGGGUGGAGCAGGAAUCGUUCAAGAGGCUCGUCCACCAUCUUUUCUUACACGAUGCCCAAUCUGCGGUGAUGCUGAAUGUCAACCCGCUCAUCUCCUAUGCCGAGUUGGAGCUUCCGCUUCCAUCCAUUCGAGCUUUAUGGGACGCCAAGUCCGCUGCAGCGUGGCGAGAUGUAUAUAUUACCCUCGGGCUGCUUGGCACCGAGCGACAGCCGUCAUUAGUCGAUUGCAUGCGCGAUAUGUCCCGGUUACAGGGCGGCGUUGACACGCAGCUGGCCGGGUUCGUUCUUCUGCAAGGCAUCUCUGCAAUGGUGAGCGAGUACCAUCGCUUCAACUUCAUCUCCAAGGGCAGCUCCAAGCACUGGAACGCUCUGGUGACCAACUCCCGCCACCAGGAGCUAUCCCAAGCUCUGCAACGCUUCCGCAUGGUCGGCUACGAGUGGUCCGAACCCCCCCGAUCGGAAGUCUUCCUGGUAUACGAGAUGAUCUCGAUGUUACUGCACAUGUCGCUCGAGGAACUCCAACUAUUCGCCGGGAAGGAGGACAAAAGAGAAGCGCGCCGGGUAUACCACAGCGCCCUGGAGUGGAUCAACAGCAUCGACUCCCGACGUGCAGUCUGGCACGCAGGACAAGUUAUCCGGGCUGCCAAAGCCAUGCCCGCCGGCUCACUGACCGGCUUCCUGGCUGUGGGGGUAUACUACGCCAGCCUGGUGUUCUGGUCCUACAGCAUGGUGCUGAAAGCGAGGAAUGCCAAAUCCGGCAAUCCCCGUUCCUCCGGGCGGACUCCGCAGAGCAGCCCGACCGUGCUCCUGGAUGGCGAGGAGACGAUCAGCGUGCAGAAAUUCAUCUGUCUUGGAUGCGGGCGCCCGGCACUGCAGGGAUCCCAAGAACCGGCGUUUCUCUCCGACCCGGGCCAAACAAUGGAUAUCGCAAAGGGGCUUUUGCGGGCGGACGCCUCCCAGGAUGCUCUUCCUCCCCUGGUUCAGGGAUUGUGCCAGCUGAUGGGGGAUCUCGGGAAUGCAGCCAAGUCUGAUUGAGCAGAAGCUUGUGUCUACAAUACAUACUACUGUACAUGGCUCCUA